AUGAAAUUAGCUGCUGGACUCAAAAAACGAAGUGAUUUAGUCAAAGAAUUAAGAACUAUUGAGUCAAGUAUUUCAAAUGGUUUAAUUAUACAACAAGGACAAGAACAAUCAGAGGACAUAGAUGCAUUAUACAAAACAUAUUUUGACAAAUCGAAAGAAUUAUCCGAUUUGAUUAUGAAAAUUAAUGAAACGAAUAAUAAUAUUCAGAAUGGUGUACGAAUUUCUGAUUUAAUUCAUGAGAUAAGUUCAAUUAAGAAUGAAAUUAGCUUUGUAAAUGAUAUUUUAAAAGCUGGGAAGGAGAAAUCCUUGUCUUCGAAAGAUGAAAUAAGGUUUGUUUCAACGAUCGAUAGAAAUCAAUAUACCACAAAAUUAAAUUCUUUAAAAGAAAAAUCACAAAAUCUAGAAAUCAAAUUACAAGAAUUAAAUUGGCAAAUAGAUAUAUAA